CUUCCGGCUGCAUCCUCUUAGAGGCUCCGCAAGGAUUCGGAACAAAUUCACCAGCGUUUUAAAAGCGUCAAAUAGUGUCCGGAAACGUUGCCACCAGAUAAAUAUGAGAAUAUUAUUUUGAAGAAGCAGUUAACCCCUACCAAAAUAUAAGGCGCCAGGGGAAAGGUGAGCCUGGAAGAUAAGGAAGCCCUUCGCAUUCGCUGGUGGAGGAAAGAGCUAUCUGGGGACGGGCUGAAGGUGGGGUUUCAGUCCCCAUACUUCAGCACCAAAAGGGAUGGACAGCAUCUCCAGGCUGGACUGCACCCACAGGGACACAACCGAGCUGCCUCUGCCGCUGUCCUUGCUGCCACUGUUGUUGCUAAGGGCAGCUGGGUUUCCUACUUCUCGAAGCUAAACGACGGUGCCUCCUAAUAACCCCUCGUCCCCACUGCCCUUCCUUAAUAGACAAAAAUUAACCCUUCUUACCCAUCUGCUACAACUACUGUACAGGGCUCUGAGAAGUACUUUUUGUUCCGCAGAUUAAACUCAGCAACAACUUCAGGAAUAAUUUUCUACAGGGGCCUGGGAGAAAUGCAAGCAGAAGAGUGAAGUCAAAGUUCUUAGAGGCUCCGAGAAAUCAUGGACUCUACAAUAGGGGCUGAAAUGCUCAAAGGCCCUCACUUUUUGAAAUAAACAAUGUUCAUGAGAGGAUUGCAACUGUUUUUGGAUAUAGCUUUGUGAGUGGAGGUUGCAGAACUACUCAAAAUCCUACAUCAGAGAAACUAAAAGACUUCUAAUUUUUCUACUUGGCAGACGACUCUCCAGAAUGGUGAGAUUGCCAGAGAAGUGACUUCUGAUAAAAGAAAAGUAUUGAUCUACUUAAACUAAAACAAAAUCCUUUGCAGUGCCAUAGCACAUGGAUUUCAGGACUGCCUGUGAGGAGACAAAGACAGGAAUUUGUUUGCUGCAGGAUGGUAAUCAGGAGCCUUUCAAAGUUCGGCUGCACCUAGCCAAAGAUAUUUUGAUGAUCCAGGAGCAGGAUGUGAUAUGUGUGUCUGGUGAGCCUUUCUAUUCUGGUGAAAGAACCGUGACCAUUAGAAGACAAACUGUAGGAGGAUUUGGAUUAAGCAUAAAGGGGGGAGCAGAACAUAACAUUCCAGUUGUCAUUUCAAAAAUCUCCAAGGAGCAAAGAGCGGAACUUUCAGGCCUCCUAUUUAUCGGAGAUGCAAUUCUACAGAUAAAUGGAAUUAAUGUGAGAAAAUGCAGACAUGAAGAAGUGGUUCAAGUUCUUCGAAAUGCUGGAGAAGAGGUGACGCUAACAGUGUCUUUUUUAAAAAGAGCACCUGCUUUCCUCAAACUCCCACUUAAUGAAGACUGUGCAUGCGCACCAAGUGACCAGAGUAGUGGCACCUCGUCUCCUCUUUGUGACAGUGGCUUACACCUCAACUAUCAUCCCAACAAUACCGACACAUUAUCAUGUUCUUCAUGGCCAACAUCUCCAGGCUUGAGAUGGGAAAAGCGAUGGUGUGAUCUCAGACUGAUCCCUCUGCUUCAUUGUCGGUUCUCUCAGUAUGUUCCUGGGACAGAUUUGAGUCGGCAGAAUGCUUUUCAAGUCAUUGCUGUGGAUGGGGUUUCCAGUGGGAUUAUUCAGUGCCUCUCUGCUGAAGACUGUAUUGACUGGCUACAAGCAAUAGCUACUAAUAUCUCAAAUCUCACAAAGCACAAUAUUAAAAAAAUCAACAGAAAUUUCCCUGUAAACCAGCAGAUAGUCUACAUGGGCUGGUGUGAAGUACGGGAACAGGACUCCCUUCAAGACUGUGCAUACUCUCCAAUAUUUUUGGCUCUGAGGGGAUCCUGUCUUUACAAGUUUCUAGCACCCCCAGUGACAACGUGGGAUUGGACUCGAGCAGAGAGAACAUUUUCAGUUUAUGAGAUUAUGUGCAAGAUUCUCAAGGACAGUGACCUGCUGGAUCGGCGGAAACACUGUUUCACUGUGCAGUCUGAGACUGGAGAGGACCUCUACUUCUCUGUGGAGUUAGACUGUGACCUCGCCCAAUGGGAAAGAGCCUUCCAAACAGCAACCUUUCUGGAAGUGGAAAGGAUACAGUGCAAGACUUAUGCAUGCGUGGUAGAAAGUCAUCUAAUGGGACUCACGAUUGACUUUAGCACAGGAUUUAUCUGCUUUGAUGCUGCAACAAAGGCUGUCCUUUGGAGGUAUAAAUUUUCUCAGCUUAAAGGUUCUUCAGAUGAUGGCAAGAGCAAAAUCAAAUUUUUGUUUCAGAAUCCAGAUACUAAACAGAUUGAAGCAAAGGAGCUGGAAUUUUCAAAUCUAUUUGCUGUUCUUCACUGUAUUCAUUCAUUCUUUGCUGCCAAAGUAGCUUGUUUGGACCCUCUCUUUUUAGGCAGUCAGGCUACUGCUUCUGCUUCUGGCAGUUCCACUUCUACAAGCAAAGUAAAGUAUACAACUUGAUAUUACUGAGCUUUGUAUCACCACUUACCAUGACUCUAUAAAUAGAAUAAACAGAUUCAUCAUUUAGACCUCAGAGAAACAAUAAUAUCAUCAAGUCAACAGUGAAGUCAAAAUAAAAUUUCAGCAGAAAAAAAAUGCUCAUAAGGGGAUCUCAAAGGCAUUUCUAUUUUAGAAGACAUCUGUGAAUAAUUCUAAAUUAACAGAACAGCUUAAUCUCAUUUGGUUGAUUUGUACCAGUUUACUGCUUUCA